CACCACAUAAAAAUAAAUAAAAUAAAGGUAUUGUGGUAUUGUGUCCGUCAACAACUUAAAAUAAAUUUUAAAAACUCCCCAAACCUAAUGGUAAUGACCAAUCAGGGACCAUUUAAUGGAUGGUUGUCCUGGGUACAAGUUUAUCCCCAUUUCCAGGUUCACAUACAAGGUUCACCAGAGGUGCUUCUCUUCUAAUGGGUGAACUCCUGUUGCCUGGUCUACCCAGGUCACCUGGGCCACUGUGCCCCUUACUCUUUGCACCCUGGCCCCACAAUCUCCUCUCAGCUGGUUCUGCCACUUAAUAGCAGUGUGUCCUUAGGCAAGUUUCUUAACCUCUCUGUGCCUUGGUGUCUUCCUCUGUAAAGUGGAAAUAACCUGAAGUCCUCAUUUCAGAGACUACUCCAGAGCAAAUAAAUUAAUGAGUGUAAAUAAUUAUAAUCAUGUCUGGCUUGUGGUAGGCCUGUGCUUGAUAUAGUUACUAUUAUAAUCACCCCAUAUUUUACCAACUCUAAGGUGUCAUCAAUUGUAAAAUAUGUCACCGAUGAAAAAAAGGAUGCUGCCAGUUAACCGAGUCACCUCUCUUUCAUCACUUGAAUUUUUAUUUUAUAUUUCCCGUAAGAUCUCUGUUUGACUUCGGUGUACAUUCUCAUCAUAUAUAAUAAUGAUGCACACAUAAAAAGGAUAACAGAAUUAAAAUAAAUGGGUUACUACUGUGUUCCCUGUGGCUUGGCAUUGAGAGUGCAGCUCUGCAAAUCACUUCUGGCAGGAGAGUCAUUGUGCUGGUGCGUUUCCAGGCCACCUCCUCCUCUGGAGGGAACAGCCCUCCUUCAGACAACCCAGCAAACACCCGCAGGUGGCCAGGGACCCGCAGCCAGCUUUACAAUCCUACACACUUUUGCCUGGGCUGCCCGGAGCCGGCCCUUCCCCUGCCUGCUCCCCCCAUUUGGAUGCCGGGAUCAGGCAGCACAGAGCCUCUGGGGGUCUCUUCAAGCUGCUGACACCUGCUCUCCAGCAUUUCCUGUGGGGUUUUGGAAGUGUGGGCAUGUGCCGUUAAUGACAGCAGCUUCAGGACAGCGGCCAGUCAGCCAGCCACCGUACCAGACUUCAGAGCCAUCACCUGGGAAGAGCAGAGGGUCUUGGAGUCCACAGGACGCGGUGAUUUUGACCCUCCCAGUGGCCCCGCCUCCCGGCUGCCUCACAGUCCUGGUCCACUGUGUUCCAGCUGCUGGAAUCCCCUUCCUCCCCACCACUUUGCCCACUCCACCCAGUUAUGCCAAUCUCAGCCUCUCCUGGGAUGCCUUCCCCGACCACACCACCAGGGUCAUGUCCACUCUGCUUCAAAGCCCCUAGUAUGGCUGCAGUGUUACUUUUUUGAGUGGCAGCUGGGUCCCCAUUGUCCUGUUCAUCCCCUGGAACUGGGACUGGGUGGCUCCUUGCAUCCCAGCAGCCAGCACAGUGUCCAGCAUGGAGAGGGGGAGGGGAAGAAUGACCAGAGGCCACACAGUGAGCAGUGGGGGAACUGGAAUGUCCUCUUAGCCUCUUUAUCUCGAAGACACGUGCCACUGAUCCCAGUGCGGUGUGGCCUGUCCAACCUGCUUGCUUUCUAGAUGGGAAACAGGCCUGGCCGGUGGCGGUCAUUUGCCACAGCUCUGUCUCAGUCCAGUGUGUAUACAGCAUGGGGGUGGGGCAGGGUCAAGAAAAGAGGUGCCCACUCCCAUCCGGAGUUCAGAGGAGGCUCUUUUGGGAGGGAUGGGGUCUGAACCAGGCUGUAGCAUUUGCCAGAUGAUCUGGGUGAAGUUGAGGAACAUCAGCAGGGGAAGAAGCAGGUCCUAGUGAACGAGUCUUGGCAUAUCAGAGGACACCAAGGCAAAGCCCAGAGUCCCUUUAUGACCCUGGAGGGUGCCGGACUAAGGUUACCUCUCUGGAGAAAUUAGGCCCAGAGAUGCAGAGGACGCCAUCACCGGCCAGGAGCCAGGAGCACUGUGGACCUUCCCCUGGCUAACCUUGGGGUCAGCCCUGGCUGAGUCGCUGGGAGGAGGCUAGUGGCCUGUGCCGUGUGGGGGGAACUAUAGCAGGACUCCAGGGGCUCCUGGCUGUCUGAACCCGGAAGGAGGAAGCUGCACAGGGUGUCUGUGGCCGGGCCUGGGAUCCCCUCGUCGACGGGGACUUCCUCUUCCUCUCAGGGCAGGUGUAGCUGCCACAGCAGGAGGGCUCCCUGACCCCGCCAUGGAGGGGGGCAAGGGGCCCAGACUCAGAGACUUCCUGAAUGGGAGUCUGGCCACCUGGGCCCUGGGACUAGCAGGGCUGGUGGGGGAGGUGGAGGAGCCAGUCCGGGAGGAGGCAGAGGAGGAGGAGGAGGAGGAGGAGGAAAGAGGGUCCCUUUGCCCAGAGAAGAGGUUCCUGCGGCUCAGCGAUGGGGCUCUGCUCCUCCGGGUGCUGGGCAUCAUUUCCCCCAGUUCCCGAGGGGGACCUCGAAUGGUCAGGGGCCACGAAGGACCCGCGGCCUGGAGAGUCUGGAACCUGAACCACCUGUGGGUCCGACUGAGGGACUUCUACCAGGAGGAGCUGCAGCUGCUGAUCCUGUCGCCACCCCCAGACCUCCAGACAUUGGGGUUUGACCCCUUCUCAGAGGCGGCGGUGGAGGAGCUGCAAGGCCUCCUUCGGCUGUUGUUGGGGGCGUCCGUGCAGUGUGACCACCGGGAGCUCUUCAUCCGCCACAUCCAGGGCCUCAGCCUCGAGGUCCAGAGCGAGCUGGCCGCCGCCAUCCAGGAGGUGACCCAACCUGGGGCCGGUGUAGUGCUUGCGCUGUCUGGGCCUGAGCCUGGGGAGCUGGCGCCUUCGGAGUUGGAGAUGCUGUCCCGGAGCCUGAUGGGGGCGCUGUCCAGGCUGGCCCGGGAGCGUGACCUGGGGGCCCAGAGGCUGGCAGAACUGCUGCUGGAGCGGGAGCGGGCCCCCUUGCUGCCUGAAGCUCCUACAAAGGCUCCUGUGGAGGGUUCCUCGCACCAUCUGGCGCUGCAACUGGCCAACGCCAAGGCCCAGCUGCGGCGCCUGCGGCAAGAGCUGGAGGAGAAGGCCGAAGUGCUGCUAGACUCCCAGGAGGAGGUGCAGGGCUUGGAGGCCGAAAUUCGAAGGCUCCGCCAGGAGGCCCAGGCGCUGUCGGGACAGGCCAAGCGGGCCGAGCUGUAUCGCGAGGAGGCAGAGGCGCUGCGGGAGCGGGUGGCCCGCCUGCCCCGCCUGCAGGAGGAGCUGCGGUGCUGCCGGGAACGGUUGCGGGCGGCCGAGGCCUGCAGGGGCCAGUUGGAGGAGGCACGGGUGCUCUCAGGGGCCCUGGAGGCUUCCAAGGUUCUGCUGGAAGAACACCUGGAGGCCGCCAAAGACCGCUGUGCCCGGUUGCACCACACCCAACGGGAGAAUCUGCUGCUGCACACCCGGCUGGGCGAGGCCCUGUCGGAGGUGGACUCCUUGCGACAUCAGGUGGACCAGCUGGCAGAGGCGAAUGUGGAACUGGAGCUGGAGCUUCAGAGGAAGCUGGAACCAAUCCCCGAAUCCCCUGUGGAAGCACCCCUGCAAGGAGCUGCCCCUUCCCUGCAAGAUGAGAUGAGGGAGGUUGAGGCUGGUCAGCUGCGGACCCUCCAGAGGGAGAAUCAGGAGCUUCGAGGCUUGCUUCACGUGCUGCAGGGACAGCUAGGUGGCCAGCGCCCCCUGCUGGAGGAGCAGAGCCAGGACCCUGUGCUUCCUGUGCUGGAUGCAGCUCCCAGGACUCCCUUGGCCUCAGACCACAGCUCCCAGGGUUUGGUUUGCCAGGUCAGGCAUCAGGGUCCCCAGUUGGCUCCCCUGACAUCGGACUCAGCUUUCAAAGGGUCAGCUGAGUGUCUCCAGGCAUCAGAUUCAGACCUAGAAGUGACAGAGCGGCCCCUCCAUGUGGCUGCCACGGCCCCCCAGACCUCCGACGGGGCUGCCCAAGAAUCAGACCCUACUGUGGAGACACGGGGGUCCUUGGAGAAGGAUGACCCUGGAGUCUGUCUCCGGAGUCCCAUCUCUGUGGUCCCUCCUCAGGAACCAGAGAUCAAACUUGACACGCAGCAGUUGCCGGAGGGAGAGACUGGGGGGAGAGGGGCUCCCCAGGGCGGGUCGGGGGCUGAGGCCCGGGAUCUGCAACAGGAGGGCCCUGAACAGAAGCGGGGAUCCUCAGAGCUCAACCUCUGUGUGCCGCUAGAGGAGCAGGAGACCCUGGGCAAGGGGUUGGACCUGUUCAAGCCACAAACAGAGGACGGAGGGCAUGAACAGAGGCUGGAGAGAGCAGUCAGGGAACUGGCUCCUCCAAAACCAAUGCAGAAGUUGGAAGGGGCUCCUGAUGUCCAGCCCUGGGAGGGACUGAUCCCAGGGGAGGUCCUGGCCAGUAGUACCCCAGAGCAGGAGGCCUUCGGGGAGGAGGUGAUGCGGCUGAGGACAGAGGUUGUGGCCCUUAGGGCUGAGCUGGAGGCCCAGGCCCGAAGGCUGGAGGCCCGAGUCUUGGAGGCUGCCCAGAUCUCUGAGGAGCUGGCCCAAGCACGGAGGGCAGAGGCUGAGGCUCACCGGGAGGCAGAGGCCCAAGCCCAGGAGCAAGCCCGGCUGCGGGAGGCAGUGGAGGCAUCUGGCCAGGAGCUGGAGGCUGCCUUGAGGGAGCGGGAGGCUCUGGCGGAAGCGCUGGCGGCCAUAGGCCGAGAGCGGAGGCAGUGGGAGCGCGAGGGACCCAGGCUGCGGGCCAGGGCUGAGGCUGCUGAAGAGCGGGUGCAGGUGCUGGAGAGCCAGGGCCGCGGCUACCUGGAGGACGUGGAGAGGGAGCGUCGGGAGAAGCACGCCCUCAGUCAGGAGCUGGAGAAGGCCAUGAUGCGGGGCCGCGAGCUGGGGGCCCGGCUGGAGCACCUGCAGCAGGACCUGGAGCGGGCAGCGCUGGAGCGCCAGGAGUUUCUUCAGGAACAGGAGAACCAGCAGCAGAGGUACCGGGGCCUGGAGCAGCGGCUGGAAGCUGAGCUGCAGGCGGCGGCCACCAGCAAGGAGGAAGCAUUGAUGGAGCUCAAGAACCGGACCCUGCAGCUGGAAGAGGAGCUGUUCCGGCUGCGCCAGGAAUCUGGGGGUCUGGAGACGGAGGAGCAUGCUGAGCUUCCGAUCACAAGGACACACAGUGGGCGGCUCAUCGAGGUGGAGCGCAGCAACGCGACACUGGUGGCAGAGAAGGUGGCUCUGCAGGGGCACCUCCAGCACCUGGAGAGGCAGCUGGGAAGUCUGCAGGGCCAGGCCCAGGAGCUGCUGCUGCAGAGUCAGAGGGCCCAGGAGCACAGCAACCGCCUGCAGGCCGAGAAGUCAAUGCUGGCAAUGCAGGGCCAGGAGCUGCACAGGAAGCUGGGGGUGCUGGAGGAAGAGGUGCGGGAGGCGCGGCGGUCCCAGGAAGAGACCCGCGGGCAGCAGCAGGCUCUGCUGCGGGACCAUGAGGCGCUGGCAGAGCUGCAGCGGCGGCAGGAGACAGAGCUGGAGGGAUUGCUGGCACGGCACCGAGACCUCAAGGCCAACAUGCGGGCGCUGGAGCUGGCCCACCGGGAGCUGCAGGGCCGGCAUGAACAGCUGCAGGCCCAGAGGGCCAAUGUGGAGGCUCAGGAGAUGGCCCUGCAGGCGGAGCGUGACCGCCUCAUGCAGGAUGGCCAUCGACAGCGGGGCCUGGAGGAAGAGCUGCGGAGGCUGCAGAGUGAGCAUGAGAGAGCCCAGAUGCUGCUGGCAGAGGUGUCCCGGGAGCGAGGGGAGCUGCAGGGCGAGCGUGGGGAGCUGCGGGGUCGUCUGGCCCGGCUGGAGCUGGAGCGGGCGCAGCUGGAGAUGCAGAGCCAGCAGCUGCGCGAGUCCAACCAGCAGCUGGACCUGAGCGCCUGCCGGCUGACCACGCAAUGUGAGCUGCUGACCGAGCUCCGGAGUGCCCAGGAAGAGGAGAACCGGCAGCUGCUGGCCGAGGUGCAGGCCCUGAGCCGGGAGAACAGGGAGCUCCUGGAGCGCAGCCUGGAGAGCCGGGACCACCUGCACCGCGAGCAGCGGGAGUACCUGGACCAGCUUAAUGCCCUGCGUCGGGAGAAGCAGAAGCUGGUGGAGAAGAUCAUGGACCAGUACCGCGUGCUAGAGCCUGGGCCCCUGCCCCGGACCAAGGUCCCCUUCACCGGCACCCAUGCGCCGGGCCCAGAGCUCCCUCUGCCUGCGUGAGGAGACCCUGGCAGGGGGACAGCGGCGGAAACUCAGCUCGCGGUUCCCUGUGGGGCGAAGCUCCGAGUCAUUCAGCCCAGGGGACACCCCCCGGGAGCGAUUCCGCCAGCGCCGUCCAGGCCCCCUGGGAGCA